CUCCUCCUACCGAUUCUCUACAGCACUUGGCGGCUCUGCGGCUCCUCCGCUUCUCUCGGUUUGGGGUUUUGCAACUGGCAGCUGGCUUUUUUCCCUCCUCCCCUGUCGAGGGCUCUCCUUCUUCUUUUAGGUUGCUCCACCCCGCCCAGGAUCAGGCGAGGGGGAACGAGCUCCGCCGCUGCCAACUGGCGCCCAGCGCAGCCGCGAACGCGGGGAGUGGAGUCCCGGGUCUGAGCGCGCGCUCCAGGGCAUCUGCUUCUUCCGUGCCCCGGCUACCCGAGUCCUCCCACCCUCACCCCUUCUCUACUUUUCCCCCCGUUUGCAAUCACAUGGCAUUUUAAGAAUGCUGGAAAGAUGGCGGUAGCGGCAGCGGCUGUGGCUGCGCCGGCUGGCGGUGGAGGCGCCCGGGCGCAGCGGAGCGGACUGCUGGAAGUUUUGGUGCGGGAUCGCUGGCAUAAAGUUCUGGUGAACUUGAGCGAGGACACCCUGGUGUUGAGCUGCGAGGAGGGCGCUGCGGCGUACAACGGCAUAGGGACUGCCACCAAUGGUUCCUUCUGCAGGGGCUCCGGAACCGGUCACCCGGGCACCGGCGUCGCUCAAGCCCCGGACUCUCCUGCCGGGGUCCGCACCGCCUUCACCGACCUCCCGGAGCAGGUGCCUGAGUCCAUCUCAAAUCAGAAGCGGGGCGUGAAGGUGCUGAAGCAGGAGCUGGGCGGACUGGGCAUUAGCAUCAAAGGGGGCAAGGAAAACAAGAUGCCCAUACUCAUCAGCAAGAUCUUCAAGGGGCUGGCAGCGGAUCAGACCCAAGCCCUGUAUGUGGGCGAUGCCAUCCUGUCGGUGAACGGAGCAGACCUGCGGGACGCCACCCACGACGAGGCAGUGCAGGCACUGAAGCGCGCAGGCAAGGAAGUGCUGCUGGAAGUGAAGUAUAUGAGAGAAGCCACACCUUACGUGAAGAAAGGGUCCCCAGUGUCUGAGAUUGGAUGGGAAACACCCCCACCUGAGUCCCCAAGAUUAGGGGGUAGCUCUGCAGAUCCUCUGUCAUCCCAGUCCUUCUCCUUCCAUAGAGACCGGAAAAGCAUCCCCCUCAAGAUGUGUUAUGUCACCAGGAGCAUGACCUUGACUGACCCUGAAAACAGGCAGCUAGAAAUUCACUCGCCAGAUGCCAAGCACACAGUGAUCCUGAGGAGUAAGGACUCUGCCACUGCCCAAGCCUGGUUCAGUGCCAUUCAUUCCAACGUUGGUGACUUGCUGAUCCGUGUGGUUGCUGAGAUCAGGGAGCAGCUGGGAAAGACAGGCAUUGCUGGCAGUCGUGAGAUCAGGCAUCUUGGCUGGCUUGCAGAAAAGGUGCCUGGAGAGAGUGAGAAACAGUGGAAACCAGCCCUGGUUGUUCUGACUGAGAAAGAUCUUUUAAUCUAUGACAGCAUGCCACGGAGGAAAGAGGCCUGGUUCAGCCCUGUGCAUUCGUAUCCACUUCUUGCCACCAGGUUGGUCCAUUCAGGUCCAGGGAAAGGAUCACCCCAGGCUGCUAUGGAUCUGUCCUUUGCAACACGAACUGGUACCAAGCAAGGAAUUGAAACACAUCUCUUCAGGGCCGAGAUCAGCAGGGACCUCUCCCACUGGACAAGGAGCAUAGUACAGGGGUGCCACAAUUCAGCAGAGCUCACUGCCGAAAUCACCACAGCCUGCACCUACAGAAACCAGGAAUGCCGCUUGACCAUACAUUAUGACAACGGAUUUUCUCUUUCCACUGAGCCUCAGGAUGGUGCCUUUCCUAAGACAAUUAUACAGUCCCCUUACGAGAAGCUCAAAAUGUCUUCGGAUGAUGGAAUCAGGAUGCUCUAUUUAGACUUUGGAGGCAAAGAAGGAGAGAUUCAACUGGACCUUCACUCCUGCCCCAAGCCAAUCGUUUUCAUCAUCCACUCCUUUCUGUCUGCUAAGAUAACACGACUGGGCUUGGUGGCCUGAACAGAGAGGCGACUUGCCUUAGGAAAGGAAAAGCCUGCUGUGCCUCGGGACUGUGACAUCAGGCACUGCACCAGAUGUAGCAUGCACAGCCAGCUUCAGGUUUCAGGAGUCACAUGCAACAUCCCAGGCUCCUCUAUCGGUUUCAGAAACUUUAAGGGACACCCUAAAGGAAACAACACAGGGGAUAUCAGAAGAGAGUUUCAUAGAUCUGUACAAAGAGGUGAGGGGAGGUGAAUAUACACAGCGUAUCUUUUAAAUAAUGACAACCAAGGACACAACCAUUACAACAGCAUAGGAAGAUCUUAAUCACACCAGUUUCUAGGCAACUGGGUCACCCAGGUAAGCCAGAGCGGAGCAGAUGAGAAAUGGAUAGUUAAGCCUAUUUCUCUGCCCCUAGUAACAGCCCCUUGCUUCCUUAUGAUUUAUUUUCUGAUUCAAGUUGAGCUAACUUUCAUUGGUAGAAACAACCUUUUUAAAAAGAAUGAAGCAGGUGUUCCUUAAUGAGUUUUUUUUUCUGUUGGUCUAGAGUGAUUCCAAAGUGUUCUCAUUAGCAUAUGUUGAACAGAAAUGAAAUAAAACACUGGAUACUGACCUGAGCUCUAAGCUGGCAGAAUCUGAGCCAAAAUGGACUGUUUCAAUUGCAAAGCUAUCCUGAAGAUUCGUACACACAAAUGAUGAUUAAUUCUGGAACUCCACUCCACACCCAUGGAUGACGUUUCAUAGCCGAAAGUGGUACCCGUAUUUACAGAAAUCAAAUUGUAGGCAAUUUUUAAAAAGAUUGUCCUUACACACAGAGAGACACAUACACAGACACAGACACAGACACAUGCGCGUAUACACACACACACACACACACACACACACACACACGUCACACAGUUGGGAGUUAUCGGCAUUUUACAGUUUUCAGUGGAAGUAUCUUUUAGUGGUCCCUGUUUCUGCUUGUUCUCAUGCACAUGCAUUUUAAGUAAGGGAAAGCAUCUCUAAGUUUUUGAUGAUGCUAUUUUACACAUACAGAACCAGAGAUAUGAUCAAAUCUACAGAUAGCAUCUAUAUUAACUUUGGAAUUCCAGGGGAAUGAUAUAGUGGCCUGAUAUUUUUCUACAAGAGUAUUUUGAGGCAUUAUCUAGCCUAUAAAUACUUAAUGCUUUUCAUUUUUGCCUUUCAAGAUCUAGUCACUAAAAACUACACCCAUUAUUUGAUUUUGGAGCUAUUUUUUAGUUAGGAGGAAGAGGCAAGUAGCCCCUUUUACGGUAGGUCAGGCCUGCCUGGCUGUUGCCAGGUAACUGUGGGGCGAAACUUAGACAGAAUGCUAACACUUUUCAUAAGCCCUGAAAAUUAAGCCUAGGAUUUUGAAUUUUUAGUACUUGUUUUCCAUGUGGUUUUACACUAGCACGUGCCCUGUAUUCUGCCUGUGCUGGAAGAGUCAUAGUUUAGCAGGUGCCUAUGCAAAGCGAAACUGCCUAAAGGCGCAGGGUUAGGCUUCCUCAGAUCUGUGUGUUUAUAGAGUUACAAUUGUAUUUUAAACCAUCAUUUCCCCCAAAGCACUUCCCAUACACCACCAUUUCCAAGGGACACUGAACAGUGUGCUCAGGUGGGCGGUUAGUAAUUUAGGAGCUUGUUGAUAAAAAAAAUUUGCAAACUAGCAACUUAAGACAUGUUAGGCCCUUGUUGGAUUUACUAGCCUCCUCAAAAGUUCUGGUCUUCAUGGGUCUUUGUCUUGAAGGUGGGGAUGAGGGUCCUAUGCCUUGCGCAUCUUUGUAAUGGGCCAUCUAUGAAGCUAGUGGGUUUUGUAGAUGAUGCUUAAGGAAAUACCACCACACGACAUUGACUUUUGGUUGGUUUCCUAUUUUAAAAUGUUGAAGAGUGGAAGCCAGCUUCAAACCUGUAGGAAAGUGUUGAUGCAUUUGUAAAUUGUAUUGUACUCUUUCACACUAUAUAUUUUCAGAGAUCACUGGAAUGUUGUUAUACAAGAGAAUUAUACUUAUGUAUUGUAAAUAACAUGAUACAUAUAUUAAUUCCAAUAGUUUAAUUCAACAAUGUGUAAUCUAAGGUGCUCGGUACUACAUGAAGUUUGAGUUAACUACUCAAGUUGCAAAGAUUCUAUUAUAUAUUUAUAGACAAAUUAAAUUGACCAUAGUCACAGAUAUUGUUUCUUUAUUGCUUCCGUUUUAGCCUGAUCGAUAUCUGAGUAGGAGUCAACAUAAACUGUCUUUUCCAUUUUUAAAAUUUUAAUUUAAAUAUUUAUAUUUUAGGAAAAGUAUAUUUGAAUAAAAUAGAUGCAUUUUCUGAAGUAAAUUGAAAUGUGUUAUUAGCAAGAAAUAGAAAGAUUUUACUAAGAGAGUUGUGUAUUGUAUAUGAAUGAUUUUUUUCUCCUAAUUAAAGUAUAUCAUAUCAGAGCGGCUAUGCUGAGUCAAUUUCAAAUAUUCACUAUUGUUUCUCAGCUUGGAUUUUAAACAUCAUCUUAAAUAAUAACUUUAGAUUGUAUUUUUUAUCUUGUCUUAGGCAUUAGCAGAUGACACAAACUAAGUGUGGUUCAUGUCUUGGUCAGUGUGUCACUUUAGUCAUUUGAGAGAAUUUUUUUUUCUGAUUUGCUUUUGGUUCUUAGUUCUGUGAAGUAUGGAACCCAUAGUACUUGUUCCUAAAUGAAAACCAGGACAGAUGAACAAUCUUUACUUGGUAGAUUCUUCCUCAGUUGCCAGAGCGUGAAUUCACUAGUCUGAUAAUUUGCCCAUGCUUCUCAUCUUAUGGCCAUUUCAAGAAGGCAAGAGGGAUAGAGAUUAUGUCAUUGUUUUCUAACAUGAGCUAAAUAAUACAAAAUCAAGCUAUACAAUUAUUAGGAAUUACACAGACAAAGGAACUUAAUGAAUGGCAUCAAUGAAGUGUGGAAAUGAUUUUUGGGUGUACCUUGAGUUGUUUUGUUUUUUUUGUUUUUUUUUUUUUUCUAAAUCUGCCUGUGUUUAUAGCCCCUAUGAACAUCAUGUACAAUUGAUAUAUAAACUAAAUAAAUAUUUGUCUCAGAUCUC